ACGUUGGAUGCAACGAAACCCAACUCAAAAAAUAAAAAUGGCUAAAGUUUUGGGUAGAUUGUCUUUAGCGAGCUGCCUGUUGGCUCUGGCUCUAGUGACGUGUCCAGUCAGAGCAGACCUAUCCGAUGAGCAGGAGAAUGAGCAACAUCCACGUAUGAGUGCCUCGCGUGACUACGUGGAACUGGACGAGGAGCUCAAUACACGUUUUUGGUACAAUAAAGCUCAGAGCAUAUUGGCCGAUAAGCUAACGAUCCAUAAAAAACUGAAUGAGAAUCGUGCGAAGAACAUUAUUUUGUUUUUGGGCGAUGGCAUGUCCGUGCACACGAUUGCGGCCACCCGAGCCUUUAUGGGUGAUAGCAAUAUGCAGGUCUUCUUCGAGAAGUUCCCCUAUGUAGGUCUCUCGAAAACUUAUGCUGUGGAUGAGCGCACUCCGGACUCGGCCAGCACCGCGACGGCAUAUUUGAGUGGUGUCAAGGCCAACUACGGCACCAUUGGUGUCAAUGCUCAAGUGAAACGAGGCGAUUGUCUGGCGGCUACUGAUAGCAGCACACACACUGAGAGCAUUGCACAGUGGGCACAGGAGGCGGGCAAGUGGGCGGGUGUGGUGACAACGGCUCGUGUCACGCACGCUUCACCGGCUGGCACCUACGCUCAUGUGGCCGAUCGUGCCUGGGAACAUGACGGCAAGAUCACCUCAGAUGGCUGCAGUGCGGAACUCAAUACGGAUAUUGCACGUCAGCUGGUGGAGUGGCCAGUGGGUCGGGACUUGCGUGUGGUGCUGGGUGGUGGUCGUGCCUAUUUCCGUGACAAGAGCAUGAGGGAUGAGGAGGGUUUUGCGGGCAAACGCAAGGACGGACGCGAUUUGAUCAAGGACUGGCAGCAGGAUAAGGCGGAGCAAGGCGCUGAGGCUAAAUAUGUCUGGUCGCGCAGUGGUCUCAAGGAUGUGGACCUCACCAAGACGGACUAUCUGCUGGGUCUUUUCGAUGUCAGUCACUGUCCCUACCAUGCCGAUCGCACACGCCUAAACUCCGAAUACGUGGAGCCCUCACUCAGCGAGAUGACAGAGGCAGCCAUCAAGGUGCUAAGUCGCAAUGAGCAGGGAUACUUCCUCUUCGUAGAGGGCGGACGCAUUGAUAUGGCUCAUCAUAACACGAAGGCGCGCAAAGCUCUCGAGGAAACUGAAGAGUUUGCACGUGCUGUGGAGCUGGCACGCGACCUUACCUCCGAUGAGGACACGCUCAUUGUUGUCACCUCCGAUCACUCGCACACAAUGACCAUCAACGGUUAUCCGUAUCGUCGCCAAAAUAUUCUCUCACUGGCCCCCAAUUUGGCCCUCGAUGAGAUUCCAUUCACCAUUCUCUCCUACGCCAAUGGACCGGGCUAUGUGAAUACCUAUGAUGAUCAGGGCCGCAUGGAUUUGUCGAAUGUAAAUACCGCAGAUGCUGACUUCCAGUUCCAAGCCACAGUUCCACUCAAGUCGGAGACUCACGGCGGCGAAGAUGUGGGCGUCUUUGCUUCAGGUCCCCACGAGCACUUCUUCUCCGGCAACUAUGAACAGUCCACAAUACCUGCUCUGAUGGCCUAUGCAGCCAACAUUGGUCCCUUUGCCCAGGACAAGCUAAAGAAUUAGUUUAAAUAAAGAAUUUAUUGUGAUCAGCAGAAUAUA